GUUCAUUACUUUUUUUAAGUAUUUUUGAACACACCUCUUAUAUUUACAAAUAACACCAAUGAGCGCACGCACAAACAAGAUUGUUGUCACUGGCGCUUCGGGACUGCUGGGGCGGCAGGUUAUGGCCGAGGCAGAAAAGCGCAGCGAAUGGACCGUCGUCGGCACUGCGCUCAGCCGAACCUCUGACAAACUGCAAAAGCUUGAUCUCACCAACGAACAAGCAGUGCGCGACUUUCUCGAGCGCGAAAAGCCUCAGGCAAUUAUCCACUGCGCAGCUGAGCGCCGCCCCGAAGUGGCCGAACGCAACCAGGAAGCAACCGAGCAUCUAAACGCCCAAGUGCCCGGUUUACUCGCGCAAAUGGCAAAGCAAAUAAAUGCCUUUUUCGUAUACAUUUCGACGGACUAUGUCUUUGAUGGCCGCAACCCACCCUACCAUGUGGACGACAAGCCCAACCCGCUGAACUUUUACGGCCGCACUAAGCUUGCUGGCGAAAAGGCCGUUGUGGAGGCUAACCCGGAUGCUGUCAUUUUGCGUGUGCCUAUUUUGUAUGGCCGCACGGAGUAUUUGGGUGAGAGCGCGGUUAAUGUGCUAUUGGGUGCUGUUCGGGACUCUGGAAAGCAGACCAAGAUUGAUGCGUUGCAAGCGAGGUUCCCGACGUGCGUCGACGAUGUUGCCCGGGUGCUGCUAGAUAUUACGAGUAUUGGCGUCAGGGCCGUCGGCAAGGGGGUCAAGGGUAUUUACCAUUUCUCGGCGUUGGAGGAGAUGACAAAGUACGAUAUGUGUCGGGUAUUCGCCGAUAUUCUGGGCAUUGCCAAUACGGCCCACCUUGUUGCUGUCACGGAGAAGCCAAAGGUGGCCGACGUGUCUCGCCCUGAUAACACUCAGCUGUCGAAUGCUGCGCUGAAUGAUAUUGGAAUCAACACGAGGUGCAUGCCAUUCAAGCAGUGGUGGACGAAGUACCUAAGCGAGUAGUCUGUGUCAUUAUUUUUUCUAGAUUAUGUGUUUAAAUUAUUUGCUUGUGCCAUUAUGAUUAUUUUCCACCAUCACCAUGUAGGGUGUUCUUGAUCUGUUGUGUCGACAAUGUGGGCGACAAGCCAUCAAAGCCGCCAUUUUUUCAAGCUGUCGAAGCGCUAUUUUUGUUUAUUCAUGUUAAAAAUAAUUAUAUACACCAAA